UUUUUUUUGUUUUUCUUCCUGUUAAUUCAUCCUUAAUUCUCUAUUUUUUUUCUACUUGCAAUUAUAUUUCUCCUAAAAAUAAAAAUAUGACCAAUAAAAUAUCAAUAUAUGUACAAAUUAAAUUUGAAGUUGCAUUUUAUUAGUAGUUGUUUCACUCGGCAUAUUGAGGGCUGAGGUCCCGCUCUUUAUAACUGUUUUUUGUCUUCAUCGAAUCCCAAAUAGAAACCCUGAAAUGGAACGCCAUCUUUUGGGUGUUCUUCGCUCUUCCAAUCAUAUUAACCAGAUUAAACAAAUCCAUGCCCUAAGUACUACAACAGGCAUAUCUUUUUCUCCUCUGUUAGUUAAGAAGUUGGUUUAUCUGUCUCAUUUUAACUAUGCACAUAAGGUGUUUGAUGAAAUUCCUCAACGAGAUGAAUACUUGUACAAUUUAUUCAUCUCUGCUUACACUAAGAUUGGUUCUUAUAAAAAAGCCAUAGAUUUCUUUUGUUUGAUGCGUACUAAAGAAACCCAUAUGAGCAGUUACACUCUUCCUCCAGUUUUGAAGUCUUGUUCUGCAUUUUAUAUGGUGGGGUUGGGCAAACAAGUUCAUUCUUUGAUUAUUAAUUAUGGGCUUGAGUCGAAUAACUUUGUGCAGACUUCUUUAAUGGAUUUGUAUGCUAGAUCCGGAAACAUAAUUUCUGCGAAAAUGGUAUUUGAUGGCAUUCUAGAUAGAGAUCCUAUAACUUAUAAUUGUUUGAUGUCGGCGUACUCCAAAUUCGGUGACGUUUUAGCUGCUCAGAAAGUGUUUGAUGAGAUGCCUGAAAAAACUAUUGUUUCCUGGAAUACCAUAAUUUCCUGCUAUUCACAUAGUGGCAAUCAUCAUGAGGCUUUGAGAAUGUUUGAUAUGAUGCAAGAGGAGAAAUGUCAGGCUAAUGGAUCUACUAUAGCGACUGUGCUCUCCAUUUGUGCUACUUUGGGUGAUUUAGACUUAGGAUGGAGACUAAAGAAGUAUGUUGAUGAUAAUAAUAUGAUCUCUGACAUGGUAGUGUCAACUGCAUUGAUGGAGAUGUUUGUAAAAUGUGGGGAAAUUCACGAAGCUCGACAAGUUUUUGAUUGUAUGAAGCAGAGGGAUAUCAUUACAUGGGGUUCUAUGAUUGCUGGUUAUAUCCAAAAUGGGAGAGCUUUUGAGGCGUUGGAACUAUUUAAAAGCAUGAGAAACGAGAACAUUAAGCCAGAUCAUGUUACUCUAGUAAGUGCAUUAACGGCUUGUGCUCAUUUGGGUUCUGAAGAGACCGGUGAACAGAUUAGAAGCUAUAUCGAAAGUGAAGGAUUUGACUCGAACAUUUAUGUUGCUUCAGCAUUGUUAACUAUGUAUUCACGGUGUGGAAAUAUGAAUAAGGCUUGGCAAGUUUUCAAUCAAAUGAAAGACAAAGAUAUUGUAUGUUGGAAUGCAAUGAUCACAGGGCUUGCUAUGAAUGGUCAUGCUAAGGAUGCUAUUUGUCUUUAUGAAAAAAUGAAGGAGACCAACAUAAGACCAGAUAGAGCUACUUUUGGUUCGCUACUAACAGCAUGUACUCAUGCUGGACUUGUUGAUUUGGGUCUUGAAAUCUUUCAUAGUAUGCCCGUACAAUGCGAUAUUGUUCCCGAUACAGAGCAUUACGCGUGCAUAGUUGACCUUUUCUGUCGACAUGGGAGAAUAAGUGAGGCUUAUCAGUUCAUAUGUCAGAUGGAGAAGCCAAAUGUGGUGAUAUGGGGUACUUUACUAAGUGCUUGUAGAACCUAUUCAAAUACAGAACUCGCGGAACUGGCAUUGACAAAUUUGGUUGAACUGGAACCUGAUAAUUCGGGUAAUUAUGUUCUGUUGUCGAACAUAUAUGCCAAUACAGAACGAUGGCAAGACAGUGUAAGAGUACGAAACAUGUUGAGGGAGAAAAGAGUUUCAAAAACUAAAGCAUAUAGUUGGAUUGAAUUAGAGGAUGGAAUACAUAAAUUUCUAGUUGCAGACACAUUGCACACUAGUUGUAUGGAGAUUUAUGAGGUGGUUGUUGGCUUGGCUAUGCUUUCAUCAGACGACGUUGAGAUGUAUGGUGAAUUAUUUUAGCUUAUAUCGAACUUGGAGAAUCAGUCAUGUUAGCUUGUGUUGGAGUUUGGUGACUUGAAUGCACCAUGGUGAGUGCUUACUUGCAUAGAUCUAGGUUCCAAAUGGCUAAAAGUUGCUGUUGUAAACCUAAAACCAGGUCAAAAUUCCUAUUUCAAUCGCAAUCCAAUGAAAUGUCGAAGCGAAAAAUCCCCUAAUUUACUCUCAUUUCAAUCUGGAAUUCAAUUGAUCGGUGAAGAAUCCGCUGGUUUAUUCUCUCGGUAUCCUGAUAAAGUUUACGCCCAAAUUUGUGAUUUGAUUGGGAAACCUUACUAUUACACCAAGCAUAAGAUCGAUUCGUUUUACUUACCAUACCAAAUUGUGGAAGAUAUUAGAGGUGUUGCAGCGAUUAAGAUUGAUGAUGGGGAGAUUUAUUCAUUUGAGGAGAUGUUAGCGAUGGUUUUCCACUACGCGUUGCAUAUAGCUGAGUUAAACUGUUAAUCAUAAUGCAAAAAUGCGGUAUCAAUGGUGAUCGUGCAACAGAGCAAUGAUGCGGUAAUGAGAGUGAUGUGGUUAUCAUAAUACCAAAUAUUGGUCAAAAGCAUGAGGUAUGUUUUGUCUUGAAAAUUUUAUACCAUGGCGUCCUUUACCCAAACCUCCUCUUCAAGAGAAAAAACUGCAGAUAUUCCCAUUCGCUUGAAUAUUUCUCAUUAACGGCUCCAUUAACGACAUCAAAGAAUAACUUCAACAAUGUCAGUAAACUGUUAAAGUUUUCGAUUUUAAGGAAUCAAUAAUGAGAAUCAGCGUCUGAAUUUCGCAGGUAAAUAAUUUGACGAUGAUUGUAUACAGUAUACUCUCGCGGACUACAUCUCAAAAGGUUAAUAUCUGUUUCUAUGCCUUUUUCUCAUUUUUUUAUCGGGGAUACGUUGAGAAUGAAACAUGUCUUUGCUAUUCGAUGUAAUUCCUUGGGAUUUAAGUUUAUUUUUCUGCUAAUUUAUGCCUCGUCGAAUCUGUAAUACUUCUUUAAUCUUGUUGUAUCCUUUUCAGAUAUCAUGAUGUAUGUAUAAAUAUUUCACAACUGAGGCUUAAGAAAAUGUUACAGCCAUCUAAUUUCAAUGGCCAUCACAAAUUAGUACUUUGCUAGCUUGAGCUGCAUUCAGUGAUUCGAUAACUGAUCAGUAUGUUGUAUGUAUGGCUGUACCAUAAUAAGGAGGUUUGGGUAAAGGACGGCAUGGUAUAAAAUUUUCAAGACAAUUACGCUGCAGUAUUAGUGGGGACUCGGGAUCUCCAGGUUUGUCCGUUUUGUGACAGACUGACAUCUGCCUAAAUAAACGCUCCCAACAAACAAGCCGUCUGUGGUAAAAGGACAAUACCUAUACUGGGCACUGUAUGGUCAUAGAAUUAUACUCAAGGGCACUUGCAUGAGAGUGUGAGACUAAUUUUUUAAAUUGAUCAUUUUAAAUUAUUUUAAGGUUAUAUCAUUAUUUUAAGACUUAAAAAAUAAUUAUUUUAAAGUGAUAAGUAAUUAUUUAUAAGUGUACAUUGGAUCAUUUUAAUAAAGACUAUAGUCUUAUCGUGAGACUGUCUCACUUGAGGAUUUGUGUUGUAUUUUUCACAAUAAAACAUACUUGAUACUUACUUUGUCCCAUCAAAACUAUUUCAUUGAUAAUUAUAGGAAAAAUUUUAAAGUAGUAAAAGUGUAUUUUAAGA